UCGGUAGCGCCGCCGCCGCCGCGACUCCUCCAAUCGCUGGUCAGGUCCCUGCCCCAAGGGGGCGGGCAGAGUCUUUGAUGUCGGGGGUCCCGGGGUGGCCGGAGAGUCCGCGAAGCUGGCACCCUUCCCUCCUUGCGCGGCAGGGAAGAGCGAGGCGGCGGCAGCAGCAGCAGCAGCUCUGGAGGGAGCGAACGUGGAGGGGAGGCGGCGGCGGCGGCAGCAAGAGGCAGCGUUGCCUUUCGCGAAGAAGUCCCAGGCGAGCGGGGACGCCGGGGCGGAGAGGAAGAGGCGGCGGCGGAGGAGGAGGAAGAGGAGACGCGGCGGCGGCGGGCGCAGCGCGGGCGCCGCGGGAACAUGAGGGAGCCGCGCCGUCCCAGGUCGGCCCAGCCGGCGAGCGGCUACAGUAGCUGCCGCGGCCGCCGCUGAGGCAGCAAGGAGCGGCGCCGGAGGCGUUUGAGGCCGGCGGAACCAUGCGGGGUCCGGAGGGGUUGGCGCGGCUGCUGUACCUCGCCGCCCUGCUCGUCGCCAGGACGUGGGAAGCCCGCCUGCACCCCAAGCAAGAGACUUUGGUGAAACAUCUGCCGUCCUAUGAAAUAGUGACACCCACGCGGGUGAAUGAAUUUGGAGAAACUUUUCCUCAUACUCACCACUUCAAAAGGAGGAAAAGAAGCAUGGAGACAGGUGUGGAACCCAUCCCUUUCAGGACUCACUACCGCCUCAGUGCCUAUGGACAGGUAUUCCAGCUGAAUCUGAGUGCUGACACCAGCUUCAUCGCUCCUCACUAUAUUGAAGUACAUGUGGGGGCCACUGAAAGGCAGCCCCCCUCAGAUUUGCGCCACUGCUUCUACCGUGGGCAUGUUAAUGCACAGGAAAUGCACACAGCAAUCUUCAGCAUUUGUGGUGGCUUGAUGGGCACAUUUAAGUCCCAUGACGGUGAAUACUUUUUGGAACCUUUGAUGACAGCAGCUGAAGAUGAACAAGAAGAUGACCAUAAUAAACCACAUCUAAUAUAUAAACAUGAAGAAUUUAAGAAAGAUUCUUAUCAGAAUUCCUAUAAACCUUGUGAAACUUCAGAAGAGCCAAAGAAAAGCACUUUACUAUUUCCAUAUGAGAGCAGCUUAAUGAAAGACAUAAAUGUACUUCAGGAGGACACUGUUGUAGAAUAUGCUUCUAAAAACCUUUCUGUCAAGAGUGAUAGAAACAAUCCACAUUCCCGGAGGAAACGUUUCCUUUCCUAUCCAAGAUACGUAGAGGUGAUGGUUACGGCUGAUGCCAGAAUGGUUCAGCACCAUGGACGGAACUUGCAGCAUUAUGUAUUAACACUAAUGUCAAUAGUUGCUACAAUCUACAAAGAUUCAAGUAUAGGAAAUCAAAUAAAUAUUAUGAUUGUAAAAUUAAUUGUAGUUCACAAUGAACAGGAAGGACCAGCUAUCAGUUUUAACGCAGCUACCACUCUUCGCAACUUCUGUUUAUGGCAGCAAACACAAAACAUUAUGGAUGAUGCUCAUCCUUCUCACCACGAUACUGCAGUUCUUAUCACUAGGGAAGAUAUCUGCAGAGCUAGAGAAAAAUGUGACACCUUAGGUUUAGCUGAACUGGGUACAAUGUGUGACCCACUGCGUAGCUGUUCCAUCAGCGAGGAAAAUGGAUUAAGUGCUGCGUUCACAAUAGCGCAUGAACUUGGACAUGUGUUUAAUGUUCCCCAUGAUGAUAGCUUUAAAUGUAAAGAAGUUGGGAUUAAACAUCAAUAUCAUGUAAUGGCCCCGACUUUAAACUACCAUUCAAACCCAUGGACUUGGUCAAAAUGCAGUGAGAAGUACAUUACUGAAUUUCUUGACACUGGUUAUGGGGAAUGCCUUCUUGACAAACCAAAUGGAAGAAUCUAUGACUUUCAGUCUCAGUUGCCUGGUUCCCUCUAUGAUGUGAACAAGCAGUGUGAGCUUAUGUUUGGACCUGGGUCACAAGUAUGUCCUUACAUGAAACAAUGCAAACGUUUGUGGUGUACAAGUGCAGAAGGCAUUCAUAAGGGUUGCCGUACGCAGCACAUGCCUUUGGCCGAUGGAACAGAAUGUGGCCAUGGAAUGCAUUGCCGGCAUGGGAUUUGUGUAAGCAAAGAAAAGGAAAAGCUCCCUGUAGAUGGAGAAUGGGGAUCCUGGGGACCCUACAGCUCAUGUACCAGAACAUGUGGAGGUGGCAUCAAAAGCACAACCAGACUGUGUAAUCGGCCAGAGCCAAAACAUGGAGGACAAUACUGCGUUGGCCGCAGGAUGAAAUUUCGAUCCUGUAAUACUGAUUCAUGUCCCAAAGGCAGAAAAGAUUUUCGGGAGCAGCAGUGCUCCGAGUUUGAUGGUAAACAUUUCAACAUCAACGGGCUAACAUCUACCGUGCGCUGGCUUCCAAAAUACAGUGGCAUUUCUACAAAGGAUCGCUGUAAGCUUUUUUGCCGUGUUUCUGGCACAACGUCCUACUAUCAGCUGAAAGACAGGGUCAUUGAUGGUACUCCAUGUGGAACGGACACUCAUGAUAUAUGUGUGCAAGGCUUAUGCAGGCAAGCAGGCUGUGAUCAUGUGUUAAACUCUAAGGCAAGGCGAGAUAAAUGUGGAAUCUGUGGUGGUGAUGAUUCUUCAUGUAGAACUCUUGCAGGAACUUUCAAUAGCGCUCAUUAUGGCUAUAACAUUGUAGUAAAAAUUCCCAUAGGAGCAACAAACCUUGACAUACAUCAGCACAGCUAUUCAGGGAAGCCAGAAGACGACAACUAUCUUGCAUUAUCCAACACUCAGGGGCAUUUUUUCCUGAAUGGAAAUUUUGUUGUGAGCUUGUCUAAAAAAGAAAUCAGUAUGUACGGCACUAAUUUUGAGUACAGUGGGUCAAACAACACAGUGGAGCGAAUAAACAGCACUGGCUGGCUUGAAGAGGAGAUUCUUUUGCAGGUGUUGUGCGUAGGGAAUUUAUACAACCCCGACAUUCGCUAUUCAUUCAAUGUUCCUGUAGAAGAAGGCCAGGAUCUGUUUAUAUGGGACCCCUAUGGGCUUUGGCAGGACUGCAGCAAAAUGUGUCAAGGUCUUCACAGGAGGAAGGUUACAUGCAUACGAAGGAGUGAUCACUUGGUGGUCUCUGACCAAAGAUGUGAGCAUAUAACCCGUCCCACAGCCAUAACAGAACAGUGUAAUACAGAAUGUGAAUUAAGGUGGCAUAACACUGGCAAAAGUGAGUGUUCAACUCGGUGUGGCCCGGGGUUUCGAUCUUUAGACAUCCACUGUAUGAAGUACUCUGUUUCAAAGGGACUGAGUGUUCCAGUGGAUGAUAAAUACUGUGCUGAUCAACAGAAACCACCAAUCCGAGAACCCUGUCAUGGAGACUGUCUUCUAACAAGCUGGCAUUACACAGGAUGGUCAGAGUGUUCGAGGAGUUGUGGACGAGGUGCGAGAACCAGAGAAGCUUUUUGUAUGAACAACUUUGGCCGCCGGCUGGCAGAUAGAGAGUGCCACGAACUUCCAAAGAUUAUUACGGAGAGCUGCAACGAGUUCUUGUGCCCCAGCUGGACCACUAGUGAUUGGAGUGAGUGCCCUGUGACUUGUGGGAAGGGAAUGAGGCAUCGACAAGUAUGGUGUCAACUGAAUGACGAACAACUGGAAAACGCUUUCUGCAAUCCAAACUCUAUGCCAAAUUCAAUGACAGCAUGUGAACUUAAUGAAUGUGCAGCUUGGCAAGUGGGACCCUGGGGAGCAUGCUCUGUUACAUGUGGGCAUGGAUAUCAAGUGCGUGCAGUCAAAUGUGUUGCUGGCGUUUAUGGAACUAUUUUGGACGAUAACAGAGAGUGCAGCGCUGCAACUCGUCCAAGGGACAGCCAAAAAUGUGAAAUGGCUUCUUGUCCAGAGACCAUCAAGCUGUGGCCAACAUCACUUCCUGUGAUCCAGACUGAUAAAGCAGCUCAGUGGAGAUACGGAUCAUGGACUCCAUGUUCCACAUCUUGUGGGAAGGGGAACCGCGCUCGUUACGUAAGCUGCCGGGAUGGUCACGGCAGAGUAGCAGAAGAAUCAUUUUGUGCACAUUUGCCGCGACCCGAAGAACUUUCAAGCUGCUUUAGUCCCUGUGGUGUUUGGCAAUCUGGAAGCUGGUCACCUUGCACAGUUACAUGUGGUAAUGGAAUAGUAACAAGGCAAGUUGUCUGUGUCAACCACCAUCAACAAAUUGAUGAGAAUUACUGUGAUCCCGAAGGCCACCCUGCCAAAGAACAAGAAUGUAACAUGCCACCCUGCCAGCCAGUUUAUCACCACAAUCCGGAUACACGUGAACAUCCAAACCACCAGGAUUAUCCUCCAAUACACAAGGUCCAUCAUUCACAUGACAAUGUAAACUCAAGGAAUCACCACUCUCCUCAAGGAAACCAGUGGAGAACAGGACCAUGGGGAGCAUGCUCAAGUACUUGUGCUGGUGGAUUUCACCGCCGGGUCGUGGUGUGCCAAGAUGAGGAAGGAAGAAGUGCCAGCUUCUGUGAUGAAGCACUGAAACCACCUGACUCCAGCCAUUGCAAUUCUGGUCCCUGUCCAAGAUGGAACUAUGGGGACUGGGGAGAAUGUACUCAGACAUGUGGCGAUGGAAUAAAGACACGACUGGUGAUCUGUCAGCUUGCAAAUGGCCAAGCGCUGAAUGAUCAAAACUGUGAACUGCUAGAGAAACCGCCUGAAAGAGCACAGUGCGAUAUACAUGCAUGUCCUGUUGAAGUUUCAUGGCAUCGCGGACCAUGGAAAUCGUGCUCUGUAUCCUGUGGGAAGGGUGUAAAGGAUCGCGACAUAUAUUGCGUUAACAACUUCCAAAUUAAACUAGGGGAUAAUAUGUGCCAGCAUUUAAAGAAGCCUCGAACCCACAAAGUUUGCAGAGCUGCCCGAUGUCCUGGAUGGAAGGCCAACAAGUGGAAUGAGUGUUCCGUGACCUGUGGAGAAGGAGUUCAGCACCGGGAUGUUUACUGUAGGUUGAGAGGCAGCGGUAGAGUUGAUGAAGUGCUGUGUAAUUAUCUGAUGCAACCACCUAAUAAGAGGCCUUGUUGGCUGCCUGCUUGUGUACAGUAUCACUGGCUGACUGAUGAAUGGCAAGAUUGUUCCUCCUCGUGUCAAAAAAGGGAAACAUACCGCAAGGUGAGGUGUGUGGAUGAAAACGGGAUCCAAGUAAACGAAAUACUCUGUGAUUCUGGUGUGAAACCUCCAUCCAGCAAGAAAUGCAAACUGGCUUCCUGUAAAUAUAUUGUCAUUACAGUUGACUCCUCACAGUGUCCAGCUGGUUGUUAUCUUGAGAACCAGCAGAAGACCUCAUACUGCAUAGAAGCCCACAAUGCCUGGAGCAGCCAUACCAACAGCCUUCGGAAAAUAGCAUACAGAAAUUGCCCACUGGCUCAGUCACCACUGAUGAAUAAAUGUAAUGUUGUGGCGUGUCCACUUGCCGCAUCAUGGAAUGUGGGGAAAUGGAGUCAGUGUUCAGCACCUUGUGGAAAGGGGACAGCAGGAAGAAGAGUAGAAUGCAUGACCCAAAGUGGUUCACCCAGUGACUUGUGUCUGUCACAUUUGAAACCUGCAGCUAGAAGGAUUUGCCAUGCGAAAGACUGUGAGAUGAUAACCAGCUGCAAAGAAAUCCAGAUAAGAAAAAAGAUUAGAAAGGAUGGGGAAUAUUUGCUAAACAUUAAAGGAAGAAAGAUAAAGAUUUUUUGUUCAGACAUGUGGCUAGAGGAUCCCAAAGAAUAUUUAACACUGGCUAAAGGGGAAGCAGAUAACUUUUCAGAAGUAUAUGGAUAUAGGCUGCAAAAUCCAUAUGAGUGUCCUUUUAAUGGAAGCAGACGGCAAGACUGCAUGUGCAGAGAUGACUACCCUGCAGCUGGCUACACCAUUUUUAGGAAAAUAAGAAUUGACCUCAGUUCUUUGGAGAUUAAAACCACCGACUUCCGGUUUGCUCACACCAUACUUGGGAAGCCCGUUCCUUUUGCCACAGCUGGAGACUGUUACAGCGCUGCUAGAUGCCCACAGGGGCAGUUUGGCAUCAAUUUGGCAGGCACUGGGCUGAGGCUAUCCCCUACGGCAAAGUGGAUCGCUCAGGGAAAUUAUGUUACAGUUCAGAUACACAAAUCUCAAGAUGAUACUAAGAUAUACGGAAGAUGUGGAGGAUUUUGUGGGAAAUGCAUUCCUAAUGGAAACACUGGUCUCCAACUUCAAAUAAACUAGAGA